GUGGUGGACUGAUCUCCCAAACGAAGUCUGGCGACCUGAAGUAUGUUUCCAGAUUUCCAUCCUGCUGAAAAAAUGGGGUGAAAAUCAUCGCCUUGUCUGUCUAUUGAAGACUUGAAUCUAGUAUUCUGACCAUGGAUUCUGGCUGGGCUCAGUACCGAGUAAUUUAUUCGUAUCAGCCUCGUGAUGAACGAGACAUAGCUAUUAGAGAGGGUGAUAUUAUGGUGGUCGCAAAGCCUGUGUCCGACCCAACUGGCUGGCUUACCGGAGAAAACACGCGCACUAAAGACGUUGGCGAGUUCCCUGGAACGUAUGUGGAAUAUAUCGGCGAUGUUAAGGAACUUCCUCAGGAGGAGAAACCUCCAACACCACCUCCAAGGCCACCAAGGCCUGCACGACGGAACGCGGGAGGAAAUAACAGUGCGCGCACUGAUGCAAACGAUCAAACAGGUGGCCAUACACUGACUGAGACAUCUGCUAUGAAACCUGUGUGGUGUUGCCAAUGUGAAGACUUCAUCUGGGGAGUUGGAAGUGAAUUGUACAGAUGUGCAAUGUGUGAUUUAGCUUGGCAUCCUCAAUGUGCAGUGGAAUUGUCUAAGUUUCCCUGUAAGAUUCUCAAAAAAGAAUCAGAAGAACCAGAUGAAGAUUAUAUCAGAUUUGUUGCUAGUCCAGAUGAAUGGGAUAUGAAUGAUGUUUUGGUGUGGCUUGCUGCAACCAACCAUUUCCUCUAUGCUGAGAUUUUCAGAGAACACGAAAUCACAGGAAUUCAACUGCGGGACUUGACAACCACCUCAUUAGACCAGAUUAAUAUUACAGAUAGCUUUCAUAAGCAAUCUAUCCUGCUAGCUAUCCAAGAAUUGUUCACCGGAGAGUCAGAGACUAGAACAUCAGAAGUAUUUAGUGGUUUUCAGUCAGCCCAAAGAGGUACAAAGGGUAGUCAUCUCCCCAAAGAACAGAACUUCACGUCUCUGCAGUGGUGUGACAAGUGUGGCAAGUGUCUGUGGGGAUUGUUCAGACAGGGAGUUUUGUGUUCAGAGUGUGGCUUUCAAUGUCACAAGAAGUGUAUGUUUGACAGUGUUGUGGUAUGUCCAAGGAGAAGGGUUAGAAUACGAAGAGAAAGUGACGCUGAUGUUCCUGUGUUUGGAGCAGAGCUGGGUGCACAGUUUCAACCAACUGAUAGACCAGCACCAAUGGUUGUCACAAAAUGUGUUCAGGCCAUAGAAAAAGGAAAUACAAUAAGGACAGUUGGUAUCUACAGCAUUGUGCCAUCAGGAAGUGAAAAGAAUGCUCUUAAGACUGCUUUAAAUCAAAGUGCCAAAAAUGUGAACAUGGAUGAUGAAGAAUGGAGGAAUCCUCAUUGUGUUGCCACAGUUCUUAAAAUGUAUCUAAAUGAGCUUCCAACAUGUGUGUUCACUGAGGACAAGUAUCUAUCAUUUGUUAAAAUCUUUAGAGAUGAGAAUCAAGAUGCCUAUGGUAAACUGCUUAUGGACUUAAUUGAGAGUCUUCCUCCAGAAAACAAAUCCCUCCUCAUGUACUUGUUGAGACAUCUUUACAGGGUCAGCCAAAGUGUAGAGUGGAAUGACAUGUCAUCAAGAAAGCUUUCCUCACUAUUUGCUCCUAUUUUGUUAAGGCCAAACCAACAGCAUAUUAUGGCAAUGGUUGCAAACCAUGAUGCAGCAGUAGGGAUUAUUGACUUCCUAAUAAGUAAUGGAGAAUGGACAAAGGAAAAUACACCUCCAGUGCCACCCAGACCACCCAGACCACCGUCGCUAACCACCCCUCACAGUUCAGAUGAAAAACUUCAAGACUGUCCCUGGUACUGGGGACACACGGACAGGGAAACUGUCAGUGAAAGGUUAAAAGACCAAGAAGAUGGAACAUUUAUCGUCCGUGACUCGCGGCGGGCUCCAGGAGAAUACACCUUGACGCUCAGGAAAGGAGGAAUGAACAAACUGAUUCGUAUCUUGUAUAAAGAUGGUUGUUAUGGCUUUUCUGAGCCGCUUACAUUUUCUUCUGUGGUUGAUCUCAUCAACUAUUACAAGACAAGAUCAUUGGCUUCAUACAAUCCGAAACUUGAUGUCAGACUCGAAACGCCUCUCCAGAAAUACGAGCAGGAUGAAGACGACGAAGGCGGGCAAGGCUCUUUCAAGGAUACCGAUAUUUAUGUACAAAGACUAAGAAGAGCGCACGAAGAAUAUAUGCAAAAAUCAGACAACUACGAAAAGAUACAUAGUGAAUGUGUGGAACUAGAACAGAAAAUUACAGACUAUCAUGAAGAACUUGAUGCUCACCGUGAAAUCAUGAAAAUGAUCGAGGAUCAAAUAGUACUGCACGAGUCUUACCAUAAAGAAGCUCCACCACAAAAUAGGGCAAUACUUCGCCAGAACUUUGAUCUAUUAAAGCAUAAGAAACUUGAAGCAGGGGGAACUGUGAGCACAAUCGAAAAGGAAUUGGCCAACAUUAUGGAAAAAACACGCGUUCUGAACAAGUGUAUGAACAGCAUCAAGCCAGACAUAAUUAAGUUACAGAAAAGCAAGCAACAGUACUAUUUUGUCCUCACAACCGAAUGGGGAAUGGAUGUGGAAAGACUGAAACAAGAGAUUGGCGAAGAAGGAAGGGAGAGAGGUGUAUUGGAAAAUGGCAACCCUGAAGAAGACAUCUACGAUAUGCCUGAAGUAGACAUUUCUGAAGUACAAUGGUUACACGGGACUCUAACCAGGGAAGAAGCAGAAUCACUCUUAAUGGACAAAGAAGAAGGUACUUUCCUCGUAAGGGAAAGUGCCCGAAGGCGAGGGGAGUAUGCUGUGGGUCUUAAGCACGGAGGAGAUGUUAAACACAUUGCAGUUAACAAAGGACCAGGGGGUUAUGGUUUUGCAAAUUUCACCAAUUACCCAACUCUAAAGGACUUGGUGAAAUAUUACCACGUGAACACUCUUCAGAUUCAUAACCCUGGAUUAGAUACAACUCUUAAAUUUCCCCUCAAGAGCGCGCCGCUAAAUAACUCUUAGAGCUUUCAAAAAAAAAUUUUGCUAAAGAUUUGAUGAAGGCAAACUCUAUUGGGGAAGGGGAUUGGUGCGGAGACCAUUUCGUUUCCAAGGGGAUAUCGUGAUUAUUGUUCCAUAAAGGGUAUGUCCUUUUUCUUGCUCAUAAACUUCAAUGUUUCUCUAUUUACCUCAACCCCGUGGAUUGCAACUAUAAAUUUUUUACUAAAAUUAUUUGUACAAGAAAUAGUAUUAGUUCACCUGUUAGUGUCAAUUUUUACUUCAAUUUUUGUAUAGCCGACAACAGUUUUUACUCUUGGAAAAUGUAUCGUCCUCUGUUUUGGUUGUUAGGGAUAAACAGUGACGAGGAAUCAAUAGCUUAGGUUCAAAAGACGCUUUUCGAAUUUUAAAGAUUGUCUUAUGCAAUCCUUCAUAAUUUAGUUCCGAAAGGUACUACGUAAAAUUACUUUUCUUUCAGGUAGUAAAUAGCAGUGUGUAUUAAAUUAUUGAUCGUCAAGCUUUUGCAAUAAUACAAGACAUUUACAAUUAUUUCAGAAAGAAAUUUGUUUUUUUAUAGGUAUUUUGUUGUCAAGAAUUGCAUUUAGCCUGAAGUUUAUAGAUAUUAACGAAGGGAUCUUAAUUGUGCUGUUUGCUUUUCUUUCUGUUCCUUUUUCUUCUUUUCAUCCCUCUAUUUUUCUUUUAUGCCGGUGUGGGGAAGUAAAAUCCAUCCAAAUUGUAGUCUGCAUUGGCAUAGAUAUUUCUUGUAUUAGCUAGGAAGAUGUCAAUGUUUCUGGGAGCGAGAUGUAGUGUUAAUUUUCAUCAACUUCAUCAGCUUUAAAAAUUUUUUAGAUUUUGCAUCGUCAGCAACAGUUACUUCAGGCUUUUGUGGCCUGUGGUGCUAUCUUUUGCAAUGAAAGAUCCUGUCCGUGUGGUACUUGUUAGUUCAAGUAAAAAACAAGGUUGGAUUCUGGGAGUAAGAAUAAAUUAUUAUUUUCAAUAGUA